AUGGUCUUCACCCCGACAAACCUCUUCAAAGGAAUCGCCUGUCCGUACGGGGGGGAAUGCAGCCUGACAAACUGCAUCUUCAGCCACGACCUUAGACCACAAAACAUCCAAACGCAGCAGACGUCGUUUGCCAAACCACAAGAUGCACGUGCGAGCGAGCCACCAAGCAAACGGAGGAAAGUCACUUAUGACUCCGCCUCUUCCAAACCUCCAAGCAAAGCAGAUGACAUCCGCUCUCAACUGGCCGCAGCGAGGACUGGGACCGCAUCCGAGACAGAUACUGGAGAGACAGUCUCGGCGAAACCAAAGACUCUCACCCGCCCCGUCUCGCCGCCGCAGAUGGGGCUCGCUCUCAGUCGAUACCUCAUCGACAAGUAUCCAGACAAGGCCGGUACAACUACACCUCCAUCGCAGGACAGAAGCAAAGCUGUCGCCGUUCCCACUCCAAAGGUCACGAAGGAGCCCAUCGCAAUUCAGGAGUCAAAGGCAGCAAGCGAGAAGCUCAAUCCAAGACUCAUCUCCAACGACCCCGUCGGCCACUCCAAACGUGCUCUCUACCUCAAGCACUUGCACGCAGAGAUGCUGCGUCUCAACCACCUUGUCAGAGACAGUGACACGCUGGAGCACAAGCGACUGCUCCAUCUCACCGAUGCAGAAUUGAUCAAGAUGGCCCUGGACGAGGAAGAAAAGGUCGCCCGAGAGCAAUCGCAGCUCUACCCCAACAUCAUCAAGAACAGAAUUGCGCACUACAGGAAGAUGAAAGUGGAAGACUGGGCUCAGCACAUCCAGACGUCUUUCAAGAAGCCCGCUAUCCAGGUCACCUUGAAGCAGAAGCCCGCCGACGCCCUCCAGCCGCAGACAGGUCUUACGCCACGGGAAGAGCAACUGCUACUACCAGGACUUGUCGCGGAUCAAAGUCGCCUGACAUCGUAUGGCUACAUCCCCACUCCGCCCACGGAAGCCGAAGCGACGAAAGCAGCAGAAGCCGUCGAAGCAAGCCGCAACUACGAAGUCUGCGAUCGCUGUUCCGCCCGCUUCCAAGUCUUUCCUAACCGGAAUGAAGAAGGCCUUCUGACAUCCAACGGUAGAUGUAAGCACCAUCCCAAUCGCAGAGUCUUCCCAGAUAAGACGCGUGCCGAUUUCGCAAUGGGGAACGCCAAAGAAGCCUACUAUCCCUGCUGCAACGCGACUGUGGGAUCGCCGGGUUGCACUGUGACCGAGCAUCACGUCUUCAAGUCGAGCUCGCCGGCAAGACUGGCGGCUGUCUUGCCGUUCAUUACCACCCCGGAGAAUGAGAAGCCGAAGAAGGAUCGGAGCGGAAAGGAUGUCGUUGCUGUGACGUUUGAUUGUGAGAUGGGGUACACCGUCUACGGUCUGGAGCUCAUCCGCCUCACAGCGGUAGCUUGGCCCUCGGGGGAAGAACUGGUGGAUGUUCUCGUUCGACCGCUGGGUACCGUCAUCGAUUUCAACAGUCGCUUCUCGGGCGUGUGGCCGGAGCACUUCACCAAAGCCGUGCCGUACGACGAAUGGAUGACUGCAGCGACUCCCACCGACGCUACUACACCUCGUGCACUACCCAUCGUCAACAACCCUCAAGCCGCCCGCUCUCUACUCUGCUCCUUCCUCACGCCCACAACUCCUCUCAUCGGGCACGCAAUCGACAACGAUCUCAACGCCGUCCGUCUCUGCCACCCGACCAUCAUCGACACCGUACUCCUCUUCCCACACCCUCGAGGCCUACCAAUGCGCUUCGGGCUCAAAAUGCUCUCCGCAAGACACCUGAACCGCAGCAUCCAGACCGGCGGCGACCGCGGACACGACUCGCUGGAAGACGCUAUGGCCACGGGCGAUCUGGUGCGGGUGAAGAUCGGGGAGAAGUGGAAAGCGCUUCGCGCGCAGGGCUGGAGAAUUGCGGAUGGGGAAUUGCUUCCGCCU